CCACAGCGCGACAGACGUGCUUCACAACGAUGGACAGCUCUACAACGAACAGUGCUCCUUACUUGUGCUUGUGAUAAUUUGUGCGCAGUUCCGUAUUUAUGUUCAUAACCCAUUUCGACUUUUCCUACCAGAGACAAACUCUCAGUUCGUUGUAGUAUCUUAGUAAACAUUAUAAUUUGGAUUCUUAUCAAAAAGUUAACUUCCGAGAUAAUGGUGUUCAGAUUUUGUACUUUGCUCGGGUAAUAGUUAAGAUGAUACGUGAUUUCACCGGGAGUUCCAUUUAGACUUGGUGCCUCGUGAAGCGAAUACUAUGAAUGGUGAAGUCGAGUCGGAACAGCACACUAUCCGCGUGGCCGCGCCCAGUGUGGAGAAACAACCUCUGGUUAACAACAACAACAACAGCGAGUACUCCAAGUACCGGCCCAGCAACAUGCCGCAGAGAUCUCCCUUCGCGAUCCAAGAGCUCCUGGGGCUGUCCGAACCCAGCGGGGCCAACCUCCACCGCAGCCCCACGGCCGGCGUGUCCGCUAUCACCCCCCAGGGUCAUCCCGGUUACUUCCCGCAUCCUCACAUGGUAGCGGUCAACGCCAGCAGGAUGGGUAUGGCAUACUUCAACGCUCAGGCCGCGGUUGCCGCGUUCUUCCCUCACAAUAUGAACUCCAUCGCCGCCGCCAUGAGUCCAGGGCCCGCGCCCCCCAGUUCGGCCGUCCUCGCUCACAACAACUCCCAUGGGUUCUCCCAGCUCCAAAGAAACUCCAGUUUUGGUUCCUCAGGCUCCUGUAUGCCAAGUAUGGGACACCUUCAGCAAGAGUCCGGGAAGGACUUCAGUUCGGACGCUCUUGCGUCCUUUGGCGGAAAGAAGAAGAAGAAAAGGAGGCAUAGGACGAUCUUCACGAGUUACCAGCUGGAGGAGCUGGAGAAGGCGUUCAAGGAGGCGCACUACCCUGAUGUGUACGCGCGGGAGAUGCUGAGCCUCAAGACAGACCUGCCAGAAGACAGGAUACAGGUAUGGUUCCAGAACAGGAGGGCGAAGUGGCGGAAGACGGAGAAGUGCUGGGGCAGAUCCACCAUCAUGGCGGAGUACGGCCUGUACGGAGCGAUGGUGCGGCACUCCCUGCCGCUUCCAGAGACCAUACUCAAGAGCGCGAAGGAGAACGAGUGUGUCGCCCCCUGGCUGCUAGGCAUGCAUCGCAAGUCGCUGGAGGCCGCAGAUCAGUUGAAGGAUGACAACACGUGUACAACCAGCGACAAAGAGGAGGAUGACGGUGACCACCAGGAAUCUACAUCCUCCAAGAGCGAACUGAGUGGGCCUCCGAGCCACAACGGCGAUAAAGGACAAGAGCAGGACCUCAGGCUGCCUCAGGACAUGGGCCGGACAGACCCCGAGCAGUUCCGAAACAACUCCAUCGCCUGCCUUAGGGCAAAGGCGCAGGAACACAGCGCAAAGCUGCUGAGCCUCUCCGCGGACGCCCUCAUGUUGGUCAACAACCAGCUGAUGAGGAGCCGCAUGCAAGGGGUGGGGAUGGGCAACCCCUGCGACGCCAACGCCAACAGCCUCCACCACCUGCCGGUACCGAUGCCUGGGGCCGGGCCUGAGGUCGCCUCUUCGGACACCUCAUCGUCUCUCUUCUGACCCGAGGAGCGUCCAGAGACCGAGCUGAACCGGCGCCAGGACUGAGUGGCUCGAGGAGUGCGGACUUUCCUCAGGACCUACUUAGCUCCAGCUCAGCUUUGACGUUUGAUGGCGGUGAACCGUUCGUGGUUAGCGAUUUCUAACGUUUUCUUCCGUUAUCCACCGAGAACCGAAAGGUGUCUGUAGAAGACACCGUCCUCUGACCUUAUUGUGACCAACAGGGAAAUAUUUGACGUCCAACACACGAUAGGAUUGAUAAAGCUUUCGAUUUUUAUUGGCACUUACGAAAAUAUGAAUUUAUUAACUUUAUCAUAAGCACAGUUUAUAUUUUGUGAUUAUAUUAAACACUUUUGUCAUUAAAUCUUCGAAAAAUGUGUUGAUAAAUCUAAUUUGAAGAUCUCUUAUUGCUAAUACUUCUGUUGUGUUUAAUAACUUUAGAUUAUUUUAAUUCAGAUUUUUUUAAAGUAUUUUGUGUUUGGUUUAUGAAUUUAAAUUGUUAUUUGUAUUUAAAAUAUGAUUUAUAAACCUACUGUUGAGUAUAUUACUGUAGAUAUAUCUGUUUGGGUACAACUUUAUAUAUGAUUUCUCAAACUAAAACUACACUUUUCAUAAUUAUAUCUCUUAUACCAAGAAAGUUUGUGUCCCUUUUCAAUUCAAAAUGUUUGUAAAUUGGGUUUUCAAAAUCAUCGUACCUAUAACUUAUGUCAAUUAAUAAUAAAACAAAAAUAUCAAUAUACUAUUUUAUCUUUCAAUAUCAAAACAUACCUUAAUGGCUAAAAAGUAUUUAUUUGUUCGAGACAACUGUUUCCUUAGCUAAUACAAUCCCAACUAAUCAGUCUGUUUGAGAUAUCAAUUGUUUAGUUAAUAAAAAAAUUAUUGUUUAUUAAGUUUUCGUUUCUUCCUAUUUUAAGUUACCAUAAGCUAAUCUGUACUUUACAAGCUCUCCUCUAGUGGUUUAUGACGUUCAUACAUUCUAAUGUAUUGUAUUUAAACAACGAAGAAAACAGACUAAUUACUAAGUGACGGUGAUAGUGAAGUGAUAGUGACUCAAGUGACAGCGGGCGCCGGGCUAACUACUACUACUUUUCUAAGUGCAAUAUUUGCGGCGUAUUUGUAAUAUUUUAUUGGUAAUAAUGAAUUGUACAUUAUAAAGCAACUAAUGUAAAUAGACGGUCAACAGCGAAUAAAGUAUUUCAAGUGUAUUUUGUAUUCUAUUAUGUAAUUAAUUUUGUUAUAUAGAAUUUAGCUUUACAAUCCGAAUCAAAAAUUUAUUAGGUUUGUUUGGCACAUUGUACCGUACAGGUGUAAAUCCAAAGUUAAAUAAUAAUUGGAGCAGUCGUUAAACAAUCAGACUUGUGAAUGAAUAUACCCUAUUUUUAAUGGAUAGUAUAUUUUGUUAAUGAUAACAAUUUAAAGAAAUAAUAUUAAUUUUAAAUUAAUCGAAACAAUAUGCAUUUUAUGUACAGCAGACCAUACCAAAUUUAUUACAGAUAAACAGUUUUAUGAAAUUAAGAAUUAAAAAGCUAUAUAUCACUAAAAUUAUAAUAAAUUUUCAAAUAAGUAAAUGAAAUUAAUUGACAAAACAUGAUCCGGAAAAGAAUGAAAUAAAUAUUAAAUUCAAAAUGUAUGAGAAAAGUACUUUAGUUAUAAUACGAAAGCCUUUUACUCUUGCUUAAUCUUUACGAUUGUAAACGCACAAUCAUAAAAAAUGUUUAUAUAUAUAUAUAUAUAUAUAUAUA